AUGGCGAGCGGCGGUCUGUCCACGGCGUCGCUGUGGACCGAAGUCAACCGCUGCGGACAGAAUGGAGACUACACAAGAGCCUUAAAAGCUCUAACAAAAAUUUUGCAAGAAAACAGGGAGGAUGUCACAGCCCUUCACUGUAAAAUAGUGUGCCUUAUCCAGAAUGGCACCUUCAAGGAGGCUUUAAAUGUCAUGAACACGCAUGCCAAGGUACUCGGCAGUGAGCUUGUGUUUGAGAAAGCGUACUGUGAGUACCGUCUGAAUAGAGUGGAGAGUUCUCUGAAGACCAUCGAAAGCGCUCCACAGCAGACAGAUAAGCUGAAAGAGCUCUACGGUCAAGUGUUAUACAGACUGGAGCGCUAUGAUGAGUGCAAGUCCAUCUACACGGAUCUGAUCAGGAACUCUCAGGAUGAAUACGAGGAGGAGCGCAAGACCAACCUUGCGGCUGUCAUGGCUGCCAUGAGCCAAUGGGAGAAAGCACCGUUGGAAGAUUUAGGCCUUCCUGAGUCUACGUACGAGUUGUGCUACAACGCCGCCUGCAUGCUGAUCGGCCGGGGUCGGCUGAAAGCUGCACUUGAUAAGCUUCAACAAGCUGAAGAGCUUUGCAGGUUGUCAUUGGCUGAUGAUUCUGACAUGACAGAGGAGGAUAUCGAGUCGGAGCUAGCCGUCAUCCAUUCUCAAAUGGCGUACGUGAUGCAGUUGCAAGGUCGGACGGACGAAGCGCUCCAGCUCUACAAUCAGGUCAUCAAGCUCAAGCCGUCUGAUGUGGGCCUGCUUGCUGUGACUGCCAACAAUAUCAUUACAAUAAACAAGGACCAAAACGUGUUUGAUUCAAAGAAGAAAGUGAAACUGACAAACGCUGAAGGGAUCGAGUAUAAGCUGGCCAAAAAGCAGAUUCAGGCCAUCGAGUUCAACAAGGCCCUGCUGGCUAUGUACACUAACCAGGCCGAACAGUGCAGAAAGCUGUCUUCUGCACUAAAGUCUCAGAACCCGGGUCACCCACGACCUGUCCUGAUCCAGGUGGCCCAACUUUGCAGAGAGAAGCAACACGGAAAAGCGAUUGAGCUGCUUCAGCACUUUUCAGACCAGCAUCCAGAAAGUGCAUCGGGUAUCAAAUUGACAAUGGCACAACUCAAUUUAAUUCAAGGUCACGUCACAAAAGCCUGCGAUGUCCUGAAGUCUAUUGAAGAGUUCAAGCACAAAGCGGGCAUGGUGUCGGCUCUGGUGUCGAUGUACUCACACGAAGAAGACAUUGACGCUGCUAUUGAUGUUUUUCGGCAAGCUAUUCAGAAGUACCAGUCGGAAAAGCCGGGAUCAACGGCACACUUGGCUCUGGUACGAGAAGCUGCAAAUUUCAAACUGAAGUAUGGGCGGAAAAAAGAAGCUAUAAGUGACUUGGAGCAACUGUGGAAACAAAACCCAAAAGAUAUUCAUACACUGGCGCAACUCAUCUCCGCCUACUCUCUGGUUGAUACGGACAAAGCCAAAUCCCUGAGUAAGCACCUCCCUUCAGCGGACACCAUGUCCCUCAAGGUAGAUGUGGAUGAACUGGAGAACUCUCACGGUGCCACAUACGUCAGGAAGAAAGCCGCCAAAGUCGCUGGAGAAAACUUACCCAAAGAAGACGGGCGUGGGGAUACAAAGAAGAAGAAGAAAAAAAAGAAAGGGAAGCUUCCAAAGAACUGCGACCCGAAAGCAACCCCCGACCCUGAGAGGUGGCUGCCCAUGAGGGAGCGCUCUUACUACAGAGGCAAGAAGAAGGGCAAGAAGAAGGAGCAGAUUGGAAAAGGCACACAGGGGGCCACAUCAGGUGCCUCUUCAGAGCUGGAUGCCAGCAAGACCGCCAGCAGCCCCCCGACUUCCCCCCGACCGGGGUCAGCGUCGGGCUCGGCCCCCUCCAAUGUGGUCCCACCGAGACAACAAAAACCCGCGUCCUCCGGGGCCACGCGUAAGAAGGCACCGCAGAAGAAGAAAAAGGGUGGCAAAGGAGGCUGGUAG